AGUUGUGUGGAGAACCGUUUGCCUGGCCCUAGCACGGGUGUGUGAGGCUGGGGCUGCGGCACUGUCGGCUACAAACUAGCUCCGUGAAGCGGCCUCCUCUUCACCUCAUUGUCCCUGGAUUGCUAAGGGUGGCAGCCUUCUCUGCACCCCCGAGCUCGGCAGCAACAUGUCGCUCGCCCACACCGCGGCAGAGUAUAUGCUCUCUGAUGCCCUGCUACCUGACCGCAGGGGCUCUCGCCUCAAGGGACUGCGCCUGGAACUGCCCCUGGACAAGAUGCUCAAGUUUGUUACGGUGGGCUUCCCCUUGCUGCUGAUGUCUCUGGCCUUUGCCCAGGAGUUCUCAUCAGGGUCUCCCAUCAGCUGCUUCUCUCCCAGCAACUUCAGUGUCAGACAGGCGGCCUAUGUGGACAGCUCCUGCUGGGACUCACUGGCUCACCAUAAGCAGGACGAGGCCGGCCAGUACAAGGUGAAGUCUCUCUGGCCUCACAAGGCUCUCCCCUACUCUCUACUGGCCCUGGCUGUGGCCAUGUAUCUGCCAGUGCUGCUGUGGCAAUAUGCAGCUGUGCCCGCCCUCAGCUCUGACCUGCUGUUCAUCAUCAGCGAACUUGACAAGUCCUACAACCGCUCCAUCCGCCUGGUGCAGCACAUGUUGAAGAUCCGGCAGAAGAGCUCCGACCCCCACGUCUUCUGGGAUGAGCUAGAGAAGGCCCGGAAAGAACGGUACUUUGAAUUCCCCUUGCUAGAGCGGUAUCUGGCGUGCAAGCAGCGCUCCCAUUCACUGGUGGCCACCUACCUCCUGAGGAACUCCCUCUUACUCCUCUUCACCUCAGCCACUUACUUAUACCUUGGCCACUUCCAUUUAGAUGUCUUAUUCCAAGAAGAAUUCAGCUGCUCCAUCAAGACAGGGCUGCUACAUGAUGAGACCCAUGUGCCAGAUCUGAUCACAUGCAGGCUGACUUCCCUGUCUGUUUUCCAGAUUGUAAGUCUGUCCAGUGCAACAGUAUACACCAUACUGGUUCCAGUGAUAAUCUACAACCUUACACGGCUAUGUCGGUGGGACAAACGACUCCUCUCCAUCUAUGAGAUGCUCCCAGCUUUUGAUCUCCUCAGUAGAAAGAUGCUGGGAUGCCCCAUUAAUGACCUCAAUGUGAUCCUUCUUUUCCUCCGAGCUAACAUCUCUGAGCUCAUCUCUUUUAGCUGGCUGAGUGUCUUAUGUGUGUUGAAGGACACAACCACCCAAAAACACAACAUUGACACAGUAGUCGAUUUUAUGACUCUAUUGGCCGGGCUAGAACCCUCAAAACCUAAACAUCUCACCCAACAGGUAUGUGAUGAACACCCAUAGUUAAGAAAGGAACCAUGGAGAGAUGAGUUUUGUCUAAAGUAACUCUCCUUCUUCACAAGCUGUACAGAGUAAAAGACAAAAAAAAAUAAUAAAGAUGAUGGUGAUGAUAAUGAUGAUGAUGAUGAUGAUGAUGAUAUUCACUUAAAAUCGAUUAAGAUUGGAUUAGGCUGAAUAUCCUAUAUUUAUAAGAAGAUAGAAUCAGUGCAUGAAAAUUCAAUGUGAAAAAGUCUAGAAAAGAGUCAAAGAUCUGAAAAAUUAGGUCUAGAGCAUUCUGAGGACAGUGACACUGAAUAAAUUGAAGUCUAGACACUGAACACAGAAAGAUUCUAAAGGCCAUUUAUGAAGGAAAGUUCUCACAAUGUCUACUCACUCUAGGAGUCAUGAUUGCUUCACCCCAAUGAGCAAGUAGAACAAUUUAGUAAGAGAUUAAUAAGGCUAUGAAACCCCUAGAAACACUUUGAUUUUGCUUGUCAUCUUGCUCUGUAGACAUCUUCAGCCUUGCCAAGCCCUCCAUGGCCAGCAAAGUGAGACAACUUAACUUGUAAUCUGCUCUUGGGAUGUAAGGACAGAAGAAAAGGCCAUGAACAGAAUCUUUAAGAAUCAAAUACACUUUUUAUUAUAUAAACUAAAGCUUCUUUUCCACAAGAGCUCAGAUUAUGGACUACAAACAUUUUCAUAAAUCUUAAUAGUUCAAGGAAUACUACACCUUCACUUACACCCAACAACUGAAGGCCAGUAGAUUAAGGGGCUUGCCGCCAAGCCUGAUGACCUAAAUUCAAUCCUGGGACCCAAAUGGUAGAAGAAGAGAACCGACUCCUACAAGUUAUUUUCUGAUCU